CCUGGGUUCACAUCACCUGAACACUGGUAACAAGUGUUUUGUGGCUUCCCAGCCUGGGCAUUGAACCGGGGAGAAAUGAACUGGGGAGAAACCAGGCACCUUGUGCAGAGGAGCUGACAGGAGGGGUUGAUGUACAACUUCUUCAGGACCUUGUCAAACCUCAUUAGUAACUUCGGUGCUUCUUUGGUUCUGUUACCUGGCGCAACAGAAGAGACAUGGCACAAAGACUGGAUUUGGGGACAUGCUGUGUCUGAGGUGCUGGACAAUGAGAUCUGCUUCUGCCUGGGCUUUUGGGCAGAUAGCAGCUUUUGGGGGGGCCCUGCGGGGCUGACUUUAGUGAGUUUGACAGGCCGGGCAGAUGCCACGCUGCCAAUGUCCCCGUGGAAAAGCUGCCGUGGGCAAGGCCAGGCGGCCGCAAGGAUGCAGGGAUGGAGGAGGCCUCGGACGGGACGCGCUGCAGAAAGGCGCCGUUCCAAGGGCACCCUGCAGGCGAUGCAGGAGCCAUGGAAAGCGGGAAGCGAUGACCUUCACUCCCACAAGUGCCCGUGUCCACGCCGAAUCCAGCGCCGCCCCUUCCCGGUAACCGCGCCCCACCAGCGGCCGCUCCCGCAGCGCGCCUGCGGGACAUGCGCGGACCCUGCCGCGCUCCUGCCCGUCCCUCCCCCCCGCCUCUUCCUUCCCGCCUUUGCCAUGGCGACACCGAGUGGCCUGAUCCGGGCCCUACACCGUGGGACGCUCGGCCAGAAUGUGGUCGUGGAUCGGAUUUUCUCGGGUAUCCAGCCAACUGGGACGCCUCAUCUGGGCAACUACCUUGGAGCCAUUCAGAACUGGGUGAAUCUGCAGGAAGAGUGCAGCUCAGUGCUCUAUAGCAUUAUGGACCUGCACUCUCUCACCAUGCCCAAGGAGCCAGCUGUCCUGCGCCAGAACAUCCUGGACACCACUGCUGCCAUCCUUGCCUGUGGGAUUGACCCAAAGAAGUGUCUCCUCUUCCGGCAGUCACUGGUUCCUGAGCAUGCAGAACUUGCCUGGAUUCUUGGGUGCUUAACUAAUGUGCCACGUCUGCUACGUUUGCCCCAGUGGAAGAUGAAGCGUGCCAGCCAGAAUAGCGAAGGAACUGUUGGUUUGUUGACUUACCCUGUGCUUCAAGCAGCAGAUAUUUUGCUGUACAAGUCAACACGUGUUCCUGUUGGAGAAGAUCAAGUCCUGCACCUGGAACUAGCCCAAGAUAUAGCACAACAUUUCAACAAGAAAUAUGGGGAAUUCUUUCCUGUGCCCAAAGCCAUUUUAAGUACAACAAAGAAAAUAAAAUCCCUGAGAGAUCCAUCAGCGAAGAUGUCCAAGUCAGACCCACAGAGGUUAGCUACUGUUAACAUAGCAGACAGCCCAGAUGAGAUCGUGCUGAAAUUUCGCAAAGCUGUGACUGACUUCACCUCGGAGGUGACCUACGAGCCCGCCGCCCGCCCCGGCGUCUCCAACCUGGUGUCCAUCCACGCUGCAGUAACGGGGCUUAGCAUCAAAGAGGUGCUGCACCAGGCCACUGGUCUCGACACUGCUCACUACAAAAUGGUGGUGGCAGAGUCGGUUAUCCAAAAAUUUGCACCUAUCAGGAAUGAAAUCAAGAAGCUCCAGGAAGACAAGUCUCAUCUGGUAAAGGUUUUAGAGGAUGGAGCAGAGAAAGCCAAAGAACUGGCUGCUCCUAUCUAUCAAGAAAUAAGGAGACUGGUGGGAUUUCAAUAGAAGCUGCUGAGUAGUUGCAAGGACUUUUGUAUCAUGGGACAGAGAUUUUGUUAUUUGUAACAAAAUCAUUUAUUAAAUAUUAAUAAUUUUGGUUUGAAACAAGAGCAUUUUUUCGUGGAAGAUCCAAGGAGAAUGUUGAAGGUGGUUUCAUUAAACCAUGUGCAUAAAGCCAGGUAUUUCCAGUGGGACCAGCAUUAAGCUUGUCUGGCUAGUCAAAGUGGGAGGACAGAAGCAAUCACAAUUCACAAAGAAACUGUGCAAAAGCAGAUUAUAAGGUUGCCUGUGUGAGUUCUUGGAUUUUUCCAUUGACCACUGCAAGAAGCUGAAGUGUAGCUAAGGUGAUCAGAAUCUAGCAGAAGGAUUUGUAAUCCCCUCAAGAACAUACUUAGCUAUGUAUGUGCUGUUGUUACAGAUGGACAGUUUAUCCUGCUGGGGGUUGGUUAUUCAGCUUUGAUACGGUGACUGAACAUGUUCUUGGAUAACCAGAAUAAAAGCAGAGACUUAAAAAUAAAUGCUCAGAGUUAUGAAGAGGGAACUUACUGCUUCUCCCUGUAAUUU